GGCGGCAGCAGAAGAACAGCAAUGGCUGUGGUCAUUUUCCCGUCCCGUGCGAGCCCAGACGGAGCAAGCCCGCACGGAGGCCGGGCACUCCGUGCGGAGGGGGGAGGAGGGAGGAGGAGGGAGGAGGAGGAGGAGGAGGAGGAGGAGGAGGAGGGGCCUGCGCUGGCAUCCCCCGAGAGCCGCCGCGUCGGCCAGGGAGCUCGGUGUCCUCCGACGCCCCCGCGGCCCCUUCCGUGGGACGCUGGCACGCUCACGCCCCACACUCCAACGUCUUACGAAACAAUUCAUCGUGUCUGUGUGUUUCUUUCCCCUCCGGAGAGGACUCAGCCGGUGAGGGCCUUGCCCACGGCGGGCCCUCGCCCGCCGGCGGCCUCCGCGGGCCCGCCGCGCCGGGGCGCGGCGGGGAUGCCGGGGAGCGACAGGGACCGCCGCGGCCGCCGCGCGCCUCCU